AUAUUGUCUUAAACCUUCGUUAAUACUCCCAGCGAAUCCCCCAUCUCCUCCUUCCUUCCGGAAAACCCCAAAGUUGAGCUCCGAUCGACCUUCACCAUGGGGGACUUAAACGAUCCUUUCAUGCGUAACCAAAAUGCUGCCGUACAGUCACGCACUAAGGUUCAGAACCGAUCAAAUGUUCUUCAGCUUAAGCUGAUGGGUCAAAGCCAUCCCACAGGCUUGACGCCCAAUCUUUUGAAGCUCUUUGAGCCACGACCUCCCUUGGAGUUCCAGCCACCACCUGAGAAGAGAAAAUGCCCUCCUUAUACAGGCAUGGCUCAAUUUGUGAGUCACUUUGCUGAACCUGAAGAUCCAGAGUAUGCUCCACUUAAGCCGGAUGUUGAAACUCCUGCACAAAAAAGGGAGAGAAUUCACAAGUCACGACUCGAGAAAGGUGUUGAAAAGGCUGCAGAGGAUCUAAAGAAUUAUGAUCCGAAUAAUGAUCCCAAUGCUUCUGGAGAUCCAUACAAGAUACUGUUUGUUGCAAGACUUAACUACGAGACCUCUGAGAGUAAGAUUAAAAGGAAGUUUGAGGCUUAUGGACCAAUUACGCAGGUUCAUGUGGUAACAGAUCAGCAAACCAAUAAACCCAGAGGCUAUGCCUUCAUUGAGUACUUAAACACUCGUGACAUGAAAGCGGCCUACAAACAGGGUGACGGAAAGAAGAUUGAUGGUAGAAGAGUGCUGGUGGAUGUUGAGAGAGGUAGAACAGUCCCGAACUGGCGUCCUCGUAGGCUUGGUGGUGGACUUGGUACAAGCAGAGUUCCUGGUGAGAAGAUUAGUGGCGAGGAGGAAAAACAACAACAACAACAAGCAUCGCAAGGAAGGUCAUCCCGCUCCGAGGAACCUAGAGCCCGUGAAGACCGUGAGAAAUCUCGUGAUAGGGGCAAAGAAAAGGAACGCGAGCAGUCUCACGAGCGGUCCCGUGAACGGUCUCGGGAUAGACCGGUAGAGAGUCGUAGAGAGGAUAAGCACCACAUGGACAGGGACCGUGGUAGAGACAGAGAGAGCAGGCGUGACCGAGGAGAUAGUGACCGUCGUACACGGGAUCACGAUCGUGACCGGAGUCGUAAAAGGGAAAGGGACUACGAGAGUGGCGAGUAUGAAGACGAUGGGGGAAGAUUUCGUGAGAGAGGUGAGUCGAAGCAGAGGAGAGGAGAGGCAGAGGAAGGUGGUGGGCGUAGACGUUCAUCAAGCCAUUAUGAUGAGCGUGGAGGAGGUGACAGAGACCGUUAUGAUCAGUACGGCGACCGUUAUGGGCUAGUGGAGGAAGAGGAAUACCGUUAUGAUGAUCGUGAGUACAAGCGGUCAGAGCGGUCUAAGUCGCGUGAUUAUUGAUCUCGUGGCUGACGUUAUUUUCUUCCGUAGCAAUAACAAUAAACUUUAUAUGUGUGUGUGUGAUGAUCUUCGUGAUUGCUUUUGUGUUUGAUUUCGUUUGUUUCUUAUGCAACUGAAAAACAAACAAAACCAUUUGGCCUUUUAGCUUAACAUCGUUUUACAUAAA